UGCUAUAUACGAACUCGCAGCCAAUGCCUUCAUGAGCUGCAUUGAAGGUGGCGGUUUCCUGGGUGGCAUCCUGGCUGGUUACAUAACGGACUGGAUGAUCCUCUGGCACGCCAGCAAGGGCGGCGCUUGCGGAGCGAGCCCCAGGGUUCCCGUGUCGGUUGUUCUAACGGCUGGCGCCGCGGUGGCCUUUCACGUGUUCAGCUACAGCAUCACGGAACACUCGUCGGAGCUGCUGAUCGGCGUCAUCGGCCUCGCCUUGGGCGGCUGCCUGUACGGAGCCAUGGCCAUCUUCGGCGUGGUCGCCUCCGAGUGCGUGCCUGUGCACCUGUCGGGCACGUCGCACGCCAUCGUGGCCUUCGGCGGAAGCCUGGGCGGCGUCAUAUCGGGCUUCCCGCUCAGCCUGGUGGCCGAAUACUACAGCUGGUCGGCGGUCUUCCUGCUCCUGGAGAUAAUCAGCUUCCUCACGGCGUUCGCGCUGUUCGCCGGCAUGAACUUUGACUCGAGGGUGAGGGCGCCCGCCGCCAAGAAGGACGUCGCCGUCGUCGUCGCCGUGCCGGUGCCCGCACUGGUCGAUGCCGAUAAGCCCGACGCACUGCCGACAGAGAAGCAACCACCGUCCGGACUAGACGAGCCGUCUUAA